CGAAGGCUCGCGGCCUGUGAAAGAGCCGGGGGCCUUGCAUCCAGAUUGGGCAUACAGAGUCAUUUCAGACUACAGAGCUCUUGUUGACUCUCGUGUGAGAGACGAGAGACGAGCGCUCUCAAGGAGAAGACAUCAGCCUCGUCCUAGCGAUUGUUUGUAUGCUUUUCGGAUCGAGACGCUGUUUAUUGUACAUGUUGCAAAUAGGAAAUCCUUGCGGUCGUCUGGAAUACCCACUCCUGACGUUCGAUUGAUUGAAGAUCUUGACAUCGUUUCUGAGGAGUGCAAAUUGACUUCGAACAAUUUUGAGAAAUUUGCUGAAAACAGAAAAUCGCCAUGGCUUUUGCUUUGGCGAAUGCGUUCUGCAAUGACCAAGGGAUUGAACAAGCAGUGGAGCGAUGUCCAUUUUUGAGGAAUAUUGCGAAGCCUACGAUUUUCGCUUCUACUUCAUUCGUCGUCCCCACUGUGUCUAAGGGAGUGAAGGGACCAAUAUUUGAAGAUGGCCCCAAUUUCGAUACAAUGUUCCGACUCUUCCAUGGUCGAGAUGGAGUAGUGCCACUACCUGAAAGACAGACAUCUGAUGCUGGUUCCUAUGCAUCUUCUCCAUCAACAAAUGUUUCAUUCAACCCUUUGGCUGCAUGCGCAGCGUCCAUUAGCAUGUCAUUUGGCAGUGGAGCAGGACCCUUUGGCUUUGACUCCUUCAUGGCCGGAAAGGUCAACAAGCCUCUUGGCAAGAAACAGAAGCCUAAGAAGAAGGAGCAGAAACCAGAACCCUCUUCAAAUGAAAAAACACAUGAAAUGGGCAGUGAAUGGCUUACAACUGGCAACUGUCCGAUUGCUAAGUCCUACCGUGCAAUUGGUGGCGUUCUACCUUUGGUGACGAAAGCUUUGAAGCUUCCAGCCAACAUGAAGUACACAUGCCCUCCAGCGAUUGUUGCAGCAAGGAAAGCUUUGAAUCAAACUACUGCUGUAAAGGCCCUGCGACCACAAGCGCUUCCAACAAAAGUACUGGCGAUCGGUUGCUUUGGAAUGAUGCUGAACAUUCCCUUAGGUAUGUGGAGGGAGCAUACGGUGAAGUUUUCGCCUCAAUGGAUUCUUGCCGUUCAUGCGACAGUGCCGUUCAUUGCCAUGCUAAGGAAAGCUGUCGUUAUGCCAAAAUACGCCAUGGCCUUUACAAUUGGAUCUGCGGUUCUUGGGCAAGCUCUCGGAGCCCGUGCCGAGAGGGCACGUUUGUUAGCGAUCAAAGCAGCAGCCGUUGACAAGGUCGACCAAGGUUGUGAAAAGGAUGUGCUGUUGAGCGACUCCGUUUCGCCGUCUUUGGUCUUAAACGUUGACCAAGCCUGUGCAAAAGAUCUUUUUGCGAGGGACUCAGUUACAACCACCUCGGGGAUGAACACCCUUAACACAUCAGCACAAGCUGUGUCGGUUUGUUAAGGCAUACAUCAAUGAUUGUUUGAACGCUCAAGAUGCACAGUCUUCUCCUCCUGCGUAUUCAUGAAGUUGGUAGCUUGUGCAGCUUUAAUUAGUUUACCUGAUUCUAGCUCUUCUAGAGGUAGAUCUUCAUUUGUGCCUUGGACCUGGCUGCAUAUGGUGUUGUUGUAAUCUGGCGAGUCUUAUUGGUCUUCCAUAUCUGUUGCUUUAUGGUUGUUCAGUAAGCUCAUCUCUCUGGAACAUUUAGGAGCUCCUAGAGCUCAAGGGUCGGGCACUAAAUAAAAAAGUUUCUCAAGACAAUAAAGGUGAUCUUGAGCUGAUUGCAACAACAUUCGCUGCUGUCUUUAGACGCCAACACCGGAACUGACCGAAUCCUAUCAGUAUAGCUUUUAGUCCAUUGGUAGGUGCAUGUAUAUACUUUAGCUCAAGAGCUAGCACAGGUUUCUUGACUUCGGAGAUACGUUAGAUUUGGGAUUUGGCUCAACAUUUAUUCCUUGUUGCAACCAUGCCGUCACUGGUUUAGUUACCGAAUUUCAGGUAGGAAGGUUGUAAAUUUGCAACAUACACGUGAGCAAUUGGACACUCGGUGAGCAAUUGGACACUCGUGUAGUUGAUAGUGGAGACCUUUGAAGGUCUUUGAGCGUUUCU